AUGCGGACCAACGUGGAAGAAUUUAAUCUUGCCGUCUUUGGCAUCAUCCAACUCAUCCCAGCACAAAGGGUCAUAACUUGUGGUCACAUUGCCAACCUCAUCGGCAUGCCCAAGGCCGCCAGACGUGUCAAAGAAGCCGUCAACUUCAUCUCGCACACCACCCCGCCCGUGCCUUGCCACCGCGUUAUCUCGACCUCGGGCGUCGUAUCUACCCACGGCGCCUGCCCGCAGUCCAGAGCUCUCGAGGCAGACGGCAUAUCCGUCUCCACGGGCUGCGUCGGCGAGCUUCGCGUCCAGGUCGACAAAUACGGCUGGUUCCCCGACGCGAAGACGCUCCAGGCCGUGCGGUACUGCCGCCCAGAAUGCGCUACAGAAUGGGGGUCGUAG